AUUCUAGCUAGUCUACGCCGCUCUCCCAUCGGCAGAUUCCAUUUUCGUGCAAUUUCACCCCGCGUUUUUCUUGUAUGCAUUUGUCAAAGACUUAAUCGGUGUUCGCUUGCCCAAGAAUACAUUGAGUGAUAGGACAUCAGCAAGAAACAGAUGGGAUACGAGCUGGCCCGUUUCGUCGAGGGGGGCUCCAGCGUCGAUGAGGAGCUCAUAUGCCCAAUAUGCUCUGGGGUUCUCCAAGACCCUGUACACACACCUCAAUGCGAACACGCAUUCUGUCGGGAAUGUAUCAAGAAGUGGCUCGACCGCAGCCAGGCUUGUCCUAUUGAUAGAUUCUCUAUCACCGCUCAACAGCUCAAGCCAGUCCCGCGCAUCCUGCGGACCCUUCUGGCACGUCUUCAACUCAAUUGCACGUUCCAAGAGCACGGCUGCCAAGCUAUACUCAAACUGGACAGAUUGGAGAGCCAUGAGGCCGAGUGCGAGCACAAUCCAUGUAGACCGGUGCCUUGUACGGAAGGCUGUGGCCUUGUCGUGCCUAAGGACGAGCUUCGAGAACACAACUGCAUCCGGGAACUACGAGGAGUCGUCCAGAAGCAGCAAGCGAAAAUUUCCGAAUUGGACCAGGAGCUCCAGAGCCAUUGGAGAGAAAUCAAUCGGAUGAAAGAGUUUCUAGCUCCGCGACAAAACGGCCUACAACCCCCCCUCUCGGAUGGCGUUUUGCAAGAGAGGCAAGACCAGCUGAUCCAGUGGUCGGCCACCCUGACGGAAGCGAGAGUCACUCGGUGGGGCGGCAUGAUCUCCACCCCGGAUCAAGUGCUACAGUCCAUGGUGAAAAGGGCUCUCGUUGACAGCGGAUGUCCCCCGACGGCAAUCCACGAGUUAAUAGAAAACGCCCAUGAGCGGAAAUGGCCAAUCGGACUCCAUACCUUAGAAACCAGACAACGAAAUAGGAGAACUUACGAAAAUUUUGUUUGCAAAAGAAUCCCCGGCAAACAGGCUGUGGUGGUGCUGUCAUGUGAUAAUGUCCACAUGGGACCGGAGAUGAUCAUUCAUCCAGGUUUAGUCAUGAUUUUCGCUCAUGGAAUCGAGUGACUUCAUAGAAAGUAUUCAAUCAGUAGACGACCGGCGUCACGUCGAGUUGCUUCGGGAAUUUCGCCCAAGUGCUGGAGCGAUAGGACAAAAAAUAUAGUAUUCAAACACUCAAAGUUUCCGAACGAAAAACUCAUCUCCACCUGCGAGCCCGAGGCUGGUUUUCAAUCUUGAUAUACCGCCAAGGAGAAGGCGCUCGGCGGCGAGCGAAACAUCAGCGAUGAGCUUCGCCGGCUAUCGAAAAUUCAUACGAAAUACAGACAGCUGCGGUCAGGGACGAAAAUAUUUCGGGAGAGCGAUCGGAGAAGCAUCGUCUGGAUCAAUUUCGAGGACCAUACUCAUUCAACAUCUAGCCACCGGAUCUACCUCCCCUGUACUCCAUUUUUCGAAGCCUAAUCGUUAGCGGAAGCGUUGACUCAGGACAGCAAUAGUUGAUCAUCAUGUUUCCUGCUUCGUUGAGAUGAACCGCUCGAGCGAGCUGCCACGUCACAGCGAAACUACGGAUAGUGUACAUUGUUUUGUAAAUCG